AUGACCGAAGACCAGAAACCGUUGUUGCUUUACAAAGAUGGCAAGGCGUCGUACGGUACAGAAAGCCCAGCGCGAGGCAGGCGGGUCAUUUUCUGUGUCCACGGCAACCCUUCGACCGGAUGCUGUGCGGUGAUCGAGACAAAUCCUGAUGGAGAUGAGAAUGGAAGAAAUGGCAGCAUCACGGAAGUUGAGAGACACUGUCACAGAAAAAGGAACGAAGAAAUAGACAAACGUGCGAGAAGAAAACUCAUUAUAGCCAGUGUACUGUGUGUCAUAUUUAUGAUAGGAGAAAUUGUAGGUGGUUACUUAUCAAACAGUCUGGCGAUAGCUACAGAUGCCGCGCAUUUGCUCACAGACUUCGCUAGUUUCAUGAUAUCACUUUUCUCGUUGUGGGUCGCCACCAGACCGGCGACAAGACGAAUGCCAUUCGGUUGGUACCGCGCAGAGGUGAUCGGUGCCCUAACCUCGGUAUUGCUCAUCUGGGUGGUCACAGGUAUCCUGGUGUACAUGGCGGUGCAGAGAGUCAUCUAUAAGGAGUUCGAAAUUGAUGCAACAGUCAUGUUAAUAACUUCAGCUGUUGGUGUCGCUGUAAAUCUUGUGAUGGGUUUGACCCUUCAUCAGCAUGGUCAUAGCCAUGGUGGUGGUGGCCACGGUCACUCUCAUGAUGGAGGAAAUCCCGUCUUAAAUAAUAAGAAGGAACGCGUCGAGUCCGACGCAGAGAGCAACUCGUCGCAUACGCACGAAACGCACGCGGAAAACAUCAACGUGCGCGCAGCUUUCAUUCACGUCGUGGGGGACUUCUUGCAGAGCUUUGGAGUCUUGGUGGCUGCCAUUGUCAUUUAUUUCAAGCCCGAUUGGAACUUGGUGGACCCGAUCUGUACGUUCCUGUUCUCGGUGCUGGUCCUCAUCACCACUUUUAACAUCAUCAAGGAUGCGCUACUCGUGCUCAUGGAAGGAUCGCCGAGGGGAGUCGACUUUCAGGAGGUCGCCAACACAUUCCUGUCUCUACCAGGCGUGGUUCGCGUGCAUAACUUGAGGAUGUGGGCGCUUUCAUUAGACAAAACUGCGCUUGCGGCGCAUUUAGCUAUACGCAGCGGAGUGAGCCCGCAGAAAAUUCUAGAACAGGCGACGCGAUUAGUUCACGAGAAGUACAAUUUCUUCGAGAUGACGCUGCAGAUUGAAGAGUUCAGUGAUGGCAUGGAGGACUGUAGCCAGUGCAAGAUGCCCCAAGCUUAA